GCCUGGCUUGGGUUAGUGAGAUAGGGUUAGCAAGAUAAACUUUAGGAGUGGAGUCGAAGGGUAAGACAAUUCCUAUAUCAAAAUACUUCUAGUCUUCUACAAGUGAGAUAAAAAUCUUACCACCAGAUCAAACUGUUACUCGGUAGAAAAUGGAGGUCCCUUGGAAAGGAGUAAAAUUGAAACAAAGCAAAAGGAAAGUCGAGGCCAUUAUUAUGCCGAAGCAAAUUUGAGCAAAGGAAGGAAACCAUCCAUUUCCAGAGAAAACCCAGAAAAAUGGGUAAAAUUCCGGCAACCCUCCGAUCAACAGCAACCCAACUUCUCAAAAAUCCACCUCAAAAUCAACCCUCCAAACCCUCCUAUUUCUCUCGCAACACCAAUAAACCCAAAUCAAUUUUACCCUCAAAAGGGCUUAAACCCUCCUUAAACCCUAAUUCAUCUUCUCCAAUCAGUUCCCCUAAUCUUUCCGAGGCGAAAACCUUAAUCAAUUCCUUAAUUUCAAACCCUAAAACCCCAAUUGAUCUUCAAUUUCACAACUCCCUUCUUCAAUCUUAUUCUUCAAUUGCCCCUUUGCAUGAUUCUUUCUCUUUACUCAAUCAUAUGGUUAAAACCCUACCUUGUUUUUCCCCUGAUCGUUCUUCCUUCCACAUUUUGAUUUCUCAGUCGUGUAAUUCAAAAACCGUUGAUUCCCCUCUUUCUCAUGUUUCACAAGCUGUUGAUUUUAUGGCUUCUCAUGGGUUUCACCCGGAUCCGGUUACCGUUGAUAUUGCUGUUCGGACGCUUUGUCGGUCCGGGUAUGACGACGAUGCUGUGAAGUUUAUCAAUGAGCUGCAUUGUAAGAAUUCCGUGACCCCUGAUUAUUAUACUUAUAAUUUUCUUGUUAAGCAUUUGUGUAAGAAUAGGUCAAUGAGUAUGGUUUAUAGGGUGAUUGAUGAGUUACGGCAUUCACUUGGGCUGAAACCGGAUUUGGUUACGUAUACUAUAUUGAUUGAUAAUGUGUGUAAUAGUAAGAAUGUUCGUGAGGCUACCCGGUUGUUGAGUGAGCUAAGUGAGAAUGGUUUUAAGCCUGAUUGUUAUGUUUAUAAUACCAUCAUGAAAGGGUAUUGUAAUUUGAGCCUUGGUAAUGAAGUUGUCAAGGUUUAUAAGAAGAUGAAAGAGGAAGGGGUUGAACCUGAUAUUGUGACGUAUAAUACACUUAUUUUUGGGUUGUCAAAAACUGGAAGAGUUAAGGAGGCUAGAAAGUAUUUGGAAGUUAUGGAAGAAGUGGGUUAUACACCUGAUGCGGUUACUUAUACAUCGUUGAUGAAUGGUUUGUGUAGAGAAGGAGAUGCAAUGGGCGCUAUGAGAUUGCUUCUUGAGAUGGAAGGUAAAGGGUGUAGCCCGAAUGCGUGCACCUAUAAUACAUUGCUAAAUGGAUUGUGUAAAUCAAGGUUGUUGGAUAAAGGGAUGGAAUUGUUUGGCGCUAUGAAAGCCGGAGGUGUGAUUCUUGAGACUUCUUCUUAUGCUACUUGUUUGAGAGGAUUAUGUAGAGAAGGCAGAGUUGCAGAGGCGUAUGAGGUUUUUGAUUAUGCUGUUGAGAGUAAAAGUUUGACUGAUGCUGCUGCCUAUUCUACAUUGGAAAGUACGUUGAAAUGGUUGAAGAAAGCUAGGGAACAAGGGCUGGCUGUUUGAAGGGUUAGGAUCUUUGAGUAUAAGGUGGUCUGAAGAUGGCGAUUUUUUUGAAGCUCUGCUAAAUGGCUGCUCUGUCUGUGCAAGUUGUAGCUGUGGUUAGAUCUAAUGGUUUAUAAGUAUAGUUGAUUCGUAUGAAUGGACUAACCAGUAACUCAAAGAUAUUUCCAUGGAAGGUUCGAUUGCCUGCUACUUACAUGUACUUUGAGGCCUGCCUGGUUAUGAAUUUGUACUGUAUAAUACUUUGAGGGCACUUCCCACACUAAAAGGGCUAUGAUCUUGAGAGCUACACUCUUUGCAUGCCUGCUCAAAUUUGCUGAAUCUGCAGUAAAUCAAGCCUCUAUCAAACCGAUUCUGACAAGGGAAUUUAGGCUCAUUUGGGGUAAUGAAGUGGACAGAAACAGAAUAAAUCAGCUGCUAAUUACUGGAUGUUCGUUAUUACAAGUAUGCUUGUACUAUCUUCUCUUCUUCUGAUUCAUUUUAAAUCUGAAGUUGUGCUUUUUAUAUUUUUGGGAAUUCCUUUGCAAUUUGGGUCUAUCAUUUUUGGUUCAUGUAGCCGACUCCACUUAUGGGAUUAAGACAUUGAUUGAUUGAUUUGCAAUUUGGGAUUUUUGGAUGUUUAACCUUUAGCUAAAAAUAAAUUAUCACUUGAAACCAUCUUACUGAUCGUUAGAUUGUAAUAAUGCGUUUGGAUGUCUUUGAAUUGAAGUUUCCUGAUUAAGAAAUGGCUAUUAUGACCAUUGUUGAUAUAAAAAGAAUUUCAGUGA